AUGCUGAAUUGGGCGACGCUAUUGCUGUGGGCGCUGGGCCUUUACCUUGCAUACCUGCCCAUCCGCAUCAUCACGGGCUGCUACGCAACAUCUCCGAGGUUAAGAAGACGGGCUUCCAUGGUUCUGGCACCUCGCCGAUAUGGGCACCGCUCGUCAAACGCCUCCCGCGAGCGUGGUGGGAAAACUGGAUCGAGUACGUGCUCCAAACCUGAAUACGGCCGCCGAAUCUUGUGUGCUAAUCCCCGGUGCGGCAGCAUCAUGCUGGAUAACUGGGCUAUCAAGUACCACCACCAUCCGUUUGCGAAACACGGCGAAACGUUUGCUCUCGUCUCGCCCUUUCAGAUCCUCAUCAUCACCGAUAGUGCCGAGGUGAUCCACCAAGUCAGCCAGCAGCGGGACAAGUUCCACAAGCUUCUUGAGAUCUACGACAUUCUGCGGCAAUACGGUGAUAACCUUCUGUCAACUGAGGGAGCGGCCUGGCGGCGGCACAGGAAGGCCACGUCGCCAGCCUUCACGGAGAAAAAUGUCGCUCUCAUCUUCCAGGAGGCCGUUGCGCAGAGCCAGAGCAUGAUCCGCUACUGGACAGUGAACGAAGACGGUACGCCGCGCACAGGCACCAUAGAGAGCGUCGACCGAGAUACGUGCCGCUUCGCGCUGGGCGUAAUUGGCUUCGUCGGCUUCGGCCUCCGCAUACUGUGGCCGGGACAGGCCUCGCCCGAACACGCGGAUCCCAAGUGGCACAAGUUUGAGAGCCUGGAGGUCCCGGAAGGCUACACCACGAGCUUUUCGGAGUGCCUUGUGGGCAACAUGUCGAACAUCAUGUGGUUGAUGCUAGCGCCGCCGUGGGUUCUGAGGCGCCUGCCCUUCGAAUGCACCAAACGCGCAGCGGAUGCGCGAGAGGACUUUGACAAAUACAUUGACGAGAUGAUUCGGAACAAGACGGAAGAUGUCAUCAAGUUGAACAACGGCGAUCCGGGGAUGGACCUGCUCGGGCAUCUCGUUCGCACCAAGUACGCGCGCGAGGGACCUACGAGAGUCACCAGCAGUGACACUGAAAAGCAGUCUGGGGGCGCUGCACCGGGUCAGCUGAGGCUUGCCCCAGAACCGCUGCUGUCAGACUCGGAAAUUAUUGGCAACGCUUUUAUCAUGUUCAUCGCCGGCCACGAGACGACAGCGAACGCAACGCACUUCACUGCCGUCCACCUGGCAGCGCGUCCCGCCUCCCAGAGAGCAGUGCAGAGAGACAUUGAUCACAUUUUUGAUCGCGACAGUAACCCGGCGAGCUGGAAAUAUGAAGAUUGCAUCAAUCCCAUGAGCGCAUCCAUGAUCGGGGCAUCCCUGAACGAGACGCUCCGGCUCAUCCCAGCUGCGGGCGAGCUGCCGAAGCGGGUCAACCCCGAGAGGGAUGGCAUUGUGACCAUUCACGGCCAGAGGCACGCUCUGCCAGGGAACGCGCACAUACUGGUGGUGUCUCUCGCGGCGCACCGCAACCCGAAUCUGUGGCCGACGCAACCGAGUCGCAUCACGGCCAAGGAGAACGACUUGGACGACUACAUCCCGGAGCGCUGGUUCAGGACUGGUGACGGGUCCGUGCAGUCGGGCGGGACCGAAGGGCAACAGGCCAAUAUUGCCGAAGACAACGACAGUUUCCGGUUCACCGACACGAGCGAGAAGCUGUUCAGGCCUGCACCGGGAGCGUACACGCCCUUCGGCGAUGGCCCCCGAAGCUGCAUCGGGCGGCGCAUCGCGCAAGCUGAGGUCAUGGUGGCCAUCUCGGUUCUCUUCCAGAAGUACAGCGUUGAACUGGCCGUGGACGAGUGGGCGACGGACGAGGAGGUCGAGAGGAUGGACAGAGCGGCAAGGCGGAUGCUAUAUGCCAAGGCACAGGUACGCUUUCGGGAGCUCAUGACCACGCUGGCGUCGUUGAUCACUGUGAAGCUGCCUCCAGGAUCGCAUGUUCCUGUCAGGCUGGUGCCCAGGGGACAGGAGAGGAAGACCAAAGGAUCGCGCCUGACGCGCCGCUCCCAAAUUGGCGACAGGAGCGACCAAGACCAACAUGGCUCUGCCGUCUGGUGA